AAGGACGUACGGAAGCAAUGGCGCCUUGUGAGGAGCUGCAGGAGGAGGUGGCUCGCUCCGGCCCGGCCCUCAUCGUCGGCGCCACCGGCUACAUCGGCCGUUUCGUCGCCGAGGCCUGCCUCGACAGCGGCCGCCGGACCUUCAUCCUCGUCCGCCCCGGUAACGCCUGCCCCGCGCGCGCCGCCUCCGUCGACGCGCUCCUCCGCAAAGGCGCCUUCGUCGUCGAGGGCCGCGUCGACGGGAAAGACGGCAAGAGGUCCGUGGAGACGGCGCUCCGCGCGCACGGCAUUGAGGUGGUGAUCUCGGUCAUGGGCGGCGCCAACAUCCUCGACCAGCUCGGCCUCAUCAAGGCCAUCCAGGCCGCCGGCACCGUCAAGAGGUUUCUGCCGUCGGAGUUCGGGCACGACGUGGACAGGGCGCGGCCGGUGGGGGCCGGGCUGGGGUUCUACGAGGAGAAGCGGCGCGUCCGGCGGGCGGCGGAGGCGGCCGGCGUGCCCUACACCUACAUCUGCUGCAACUCCAUCGCCGGCUGGCCCUACUUCGACAACAUGCACCCGUCCGAGGUGCGCCCGCCGCUCGACCGCUUCCAGAUCUACGGCGACGGCACCGUCAGAGCGUUCUUCGUGGCCGGAACCGACAUUGGCAAGUUCACGGUGAAGGCCGCGUACGACGCCCGGAGCGUCAACAAGGCCGUCCACUUCCGGCCAGCCUGCAACCUCCUCAGCACCAACGAGAUGGCCUGCCUGUGGGAGAGCAAGAUCGGCCGCACGCUGCCGCGCGUCACGCUUAGCAAGGAGGAGCUGCUCGCCAUGGCCGCAGAGGACAUCAUCCCGGAGAGCAUAGUCGCGUCGCUGACGCACGACAUCUUUAUCAACGGCUGCCAGACCAACUUCGGCAUCGACGGGUCCAGAGACAUUGAGAUAUCCAGCCUUUACCCCGACAUUCCCUUCAGGACGAUUGACGAAUGCUUCGACGACUACGCUCGUGGCCUCCACCUGGAGGAAGAAGCUGAAGAGAGCAAGAAAAGCAACGCGCCCAUGGUGGAGAUAUUGGCAGUUUAUCCUACGUGUGCUUGAUCGAGAUCGACAAGAGUGUAACUCGGCAACAUUAUUUGUCUCGCCUUGCUUUUCUAUACUGUUUGAGGCCCUGUUUGGAUUAUUCUUUUCCCUUAAAAUACCCCUUUUAAAAAUACACGUCUCCGCCCUUCGUUUUGUUUCCGGCCCAAAAUCGCUCUUGGCCAGUAAAGGCAUACAUAGUGGUUGAGAAUAUAUGUCUUAUGUUAAGCUUGUCAUGUAUAAUGUAUAGAUGUCAAUAAAACAUGAUGUAUAACCGGUUAUUUCUUCUAAAUAUGUAAUGAAAGAUUUGUUGCUUAUA